UGCUCCUGUAUCAGGCACUCCCAACAGGCAAACAAACUGUCUGUGAAGUGAAGUGAAGUCCUGCUCCCUCCUCCCUUCCUGGCUCAGCUGGUUGUCAGUUAUAGUCAGUGGCUCUGAGCUGCACUUCCAGACACAGCAUCUCACAGCAGGUGUCCUUCCUCCCCACUCACCCCUUUGACCUGCAGAGCAGUAAAUCAGCAUACUGUACUGUAGUUUGUUGAUUGAGACAGCUUUCUUCUCCGGGCAUUCAAACAGUGCUGAUAACAGGAGGUCCAGGAAGUGGCUGUGUGCUGGGGGCAUGGCUACAGUUAAAUGACAGGCCUGUGGGCUAAUAGAAACGGUAUAGUGUUGGGAGGGUGAAACCUGUUCUGUGUACACUGUACACAGGUAGAGGAAGCAUAAAGGAACUGUGCAUUCCAUUUUUCUGUCCUGUGUUCCACUUGACUUUGCUGCACAGUGAGAGCACACUGCAUUCCUGCACCCAGAGACCAUCCAGAGGGACUAUUCUGCCAGCCAGCCACAGGGACCAGCGUGUUGAAGAGGAACGGUCCUGCCAGCCAACCAGAGGAACCAUCCUGCCAGUCAGCCAGAGGGACAAGCCUGUUAUAGAGGGACCAGACAACCAAAAUGCCACCGAAAGUGAAAGAAAAGAUAAAGAAAAAAAAAAAGAAAACGAAGAAGCAGAAAGAUGGAACAGGCUCGGUGGAAGAACAGUAUUGGAAAGCAACCCUAGAGGUGGAUGUCUUACAGGAUCACCUGUCUUUACAAAGGCAAGUGACACGCCAGGCACAAGAGCGCAAAGAUGAACUGCGUGGGAAACUACUGGAGUUACAAGAAGACCUACAGGAGGAGAGAGAUGAAAAACAGGCAAUAUAUAGUGAAAUGACACGCCAACAUCAGGAUUUGGAACAUCAGAGCUCAGCACGUGUACAGGCCUUGGAGGACGAGAUCACAGAAUUAAAGCUACAAUUGUCUAAGUCCCAGCAUGCACUGCAGAUGCUUACAGAGGAAUCACAGCGCAUAGCAAAAGAGAAAGAAGCUGAAAUCACAGAGCUUAAGAAAGAGGUAGAGAACAUGGGAAUGGAAUAUGAGACUGUACUGCAUUCUUGCCUCGAUCAGAUACUUUCUAAGCUCAGUGUGGCUGAACAACAAUGGACAAAUGAAGCUCAGGCCAUUCAUCAGCAACAUAAACAGAUGCUACAAGAUUGUGGACUAAAUCCCUUAGACAUCUAAAACUACAUGUAGAACAUGUUUUUUUUAAUGGCGAAAUUAAAAAGUGAAAUGUUA